AUGGAGAAGUCUAUAGUGAGGGGUAAUACUGAUACUGAAUACAGUAGUAGUAGCAGCAGCAGUGUUGUUAGAAGUAAUUUUGCUGUUGUUCAAGAAGAUAUAUUGAAGUGUGAGAUACUAAGCCGAUUACCUGUCAAGUCACUUAUGCGUUUCAAAUGUGUAUCUAAAACUUGGUUGUCCCUAAUUGAACAAGAUCCAUAUUUUGCUGAUUUACAUUUUGAGCGGUCUAAAGCACGUCCAGCUCUCCUUUUGGUGAUUCCACUCAGACACAAGAUUCUGGAUAGGAUCAGUGAUGAGUUAAUUUUAACAGCCAAUCUAAGUAGAGAUAGAAGCAAAGCAGAAAUUCACAAUAUACUGAAGACACAAUUAUUUAGUUGCAAUCAGAUUCGUGGACCAGUAAAUGGUUUGGUCUGUUUCGUUGACACAGCUAAUUCUGAUGUUCGUGUAUACAAUAUCAGCACUAGAGAGGUAACACAACGUGUUAGAUCGACAUUACUAAUGCAAGAUCCACGUUCUUUUCACACAAUCGUUAAUUUUGGAUUUGAUCCUGUUACUAGAAAACACAAAGUAUUGUGUGUUUAUCGUAGUAAUCCGCAACCAGUUCAAAGACACCUUGAUGAUAAGUAUAAAGCUUAUUGUGAAAUCCUGACUGUUGGAGAAGAUGUAUGGAGAAGGAUUGAUGAGGUGCCGCCUUGUGAUAUUGGAUUUCCUUCUGUUUAUAUGAAUGGUUCUAUUUAUUAUUGCUCCUCUAAGUUUAUGAGUCGCAAUUGGGGUAAUAAUGAUGCUGUAUUAGUUGCAUUUGAUGUUGGUAGUGAGAUUUUCAGAACGAUUACAAUCCCUAAUCUUAUCCUUAAUAACAGAUCUUCUAUUAGUAAUAAGUAUCAUUGUGCCUACUUGUUAGAAGUGGAUGGGCACAUAGCUAUAGCUUAUAUGAUGAGUGCAUAUAUUGUUAAGCUUAGGGUAUACAGAGAAAAUACCGGGUAUGAUAUCAAGGGGAAGAAGCCUAAAAGUACAAAUUUGGGUUCUCGUGAGGCGAACUGGAUUGAAGAUACUAUUACAUUACCUUUUCCUUGGGAAAUUACUCUAUGGUGGUCUUUUUAUACUGGUGCGGGAAAGCACCAGAUACUCGUACAAUCUGAGAAACUGAUGGCUAGUGGAAUAGACUCCGUCACUCAAUAUUCUUACGACCUGAAGACGAAGACGUUCACCAAAAUUAAAGUCUGUGGGAUUCCCUCUUCUAUUCCAGAUGAUUGCCGUAUUAAAUUGACUCCAACUUUUGUCGAAAGCCUUUUUCCCAUUCAGAGACAGAGAAGCAGUAGCUGGGUACUUCACUCAAAUAUUCAGCAAGAGUGUUAUUCUUGUACGAUAGUCUGA